UUUGAGACAGUUUCUCGGCUGCUCACAAAUAGUACAAUGUAUAAUAACAAUCGCCGCACGAAGAUGUUCUAUGCCGAUAUCGAGCGUAAGCAACUAGGUAGAGGGGUACAGGCGCCUACCGGUGCGCAGUUAUCUCCAGUAAAUGAUAGAACUUUAGAGGGUUUAUCAACUAGAGGAGUACGAUGGCCUACCAAUGAGCCGCUAGAUAUAGUAGAGGAAAGGAGCAAUGCGUCUUCCACUGACCGACCUCUCCAAAAAGCGGAGACCAUCGCGGAACCGUCGGAAGAAACAUUCAAGCAUCCACUUCCCAAAGCACACAAAGACCAAUACAAGGGGAGCGUCACUCUGUUAGAUCUUGGGGGGGAAGUCAGAGUAGUGCAAAAGAGAGGGCUCUCGGAGCUUUACGCUGCAAGGCAGCUUCAUAAGGAUAAUGUCCACGGGAUUAUUUCUCAACUCAACGACAUACGACAUGAAAAUCUUGUCGCCGCCAUUGAAACAUUUACCGAGGGCAGCAAUUCCUAUAUUGUCAUUGAUAAGAUGCUACUAUCUUUGCAUCAGGUCGUCAGAUCGCCUCCAAUACCAAGCGCUGAGGAGAUAGGGGUAAUUAUGGGCCAAAUACUAGAUGGCCUUAUAUACCUUCAGAAUAAAGGACUAGCUCAUGGAGCGCUAAACUGUCUCGGUGUUCUCAUCGACGAGACUGGCAACGUAAAAUUGACAACCCAUGAACUUUUUAUUCAAACGUCGCGGGAGGCGAUAGCCAAGGAUAUGAAAAGCAUUGCUGAAAUCUCCAUGAUGUUGAUGCAGAAAUACAAACUAGAUAACGGAAAGGUUGGUGUGGAAAAGGUUGAACCUUGGAAAAACUCGGGCAUCUUGGAUUUUCUAUCCUAUACCACAUCGUGUGAAGGAUGCGUUGAUUUACGGCAGGAUCCAUUCAUUUCUAGUCUCUGGAAAAAAGGCUUUGGGUGGCCAAAGGAGAAAUUACGUGGGCUUGUCGAAAUUGCUAGGCUCACUGUCCCGCGUAACUUUCGAUAUAACGAAAAGUCAGCGAUACACAGCCGUCAUUUUGAGCCUACCCAUCAUUUUUCAGCUUAUGGAAGAUGA